CGGUCUUCCGUCUCACGUGACGCCAUGGUCACGUGACCCGGCCUCGCAGGCGUCUGGGCGCCUUCCAGUCCCGCAGCCGCAGGAUUUCUGGAGGGCCCAACCCCCCGCCCCACGCCACCAUGCUGUCUCGCCUGCUCAAAGAACACCAGGCCAAGCAGAACGAACGCAAGGAGCUUCAGGAAAAGAGGAGGCGAGAAGCUAUCACUGCUGCGACCUGCCUGACAGAAGCUUUGGUGGACCACCUCAAUGUGGGUGUGGCCCAGGCUUACAUGAACCAAAGAAAGCUGGACCAUGAAGUGAAGACCCUGCAGGUCCAGGCUGCCCAGUUUGCCAAACAGACAGGCCAGUGGAUCGGGAUGGUGGAGAACUUCAACCAGGCGCUCAAGGAAAUCGGGGAUGUGGAGAAUUGGGCUCGGAGCAUUGAGCUGGACAUGCGAACCAUUGCCACCGCCCUGGAACCUGGUACAGGUGCCUGUUGGGUAAGCAGAGGGUGGAAGUUACCCACAUGUCCUCAGAGAAGAUCCUAGUGGCCCCCAUGCCAAACUUCCCAGCUCUGGACUUCAGUUUCCUGCAGAGGAGAAAUAGGCAGGCAGCAGGCCUGGUCCCAGUUCUGGCUCCCCGCCUUACCUCGUGCUCAUGGUCUCUCCCAGGCUGGCACUAAGCAGUGUCAUGCGUCUGGGCUGGGUGGGGGAUUAAUUCUUCAGGG